AUGAACAACAGGACAAUAGAUGUUCUGAACUCUGUUUUCACCAUGGGCAGCAUUGACAUGCCCCUGGAAAGCAGCUAUGUCACAGUCUUCAUUGGCAGUGUGAUCUACACCUUCGCACUAUUGUGCAAUCUGAUCCUGCUUGUCAUCAUUGCCACCAACAGAAACUUGCAUCAGCCAAUGUAUUUGUUACUCUUCAAUUUAUCAGUUAAUGACCUGAUAGGUGUCAGUGCCAUGAUUCCAAGGGUUAUGUCAGACUUAUUGUCUGAGCAUCGACAUAUCAGUUUCCCUGCAUGUUUGAUACAGGCCCUUUGUAUACACCUUUAUGGUGGUGCCACUCUUCUCAUCUUGUCUGUGAUGGCUUUCGAUCGAUACAUUGCUAUCUGCCACCCUUUAAGGUACCACACUAUCAUGACAGGGAGCACAGUCAUUAAGCUCAUUGUCUUUGCGUGGUUUUUUGAUAUCCUGUUGGUGGGUGCUCUGUUUGGGCUGCUCUUGCGGUUCCCUUUCUGCAAAACUGUUCUUGGGAAUUUCUAUUGUGACAAUGUUUCCCUCCUCAGACUUACCUGCGCUACAGACACCAGUGUGAACAACAUCUAUGGAUUGUUCCUUUUGGGUAUUUUCCAUGGCAUAGGUUUGUUUUCUGUGCUCUUCUCUUACACCUGGAUUCUCUUUACAUGCUUCAGUAACAAGGACUCUGAUUCCAAGGUCAAAGCAUUGCAUACCUGUGCCACGCAUUUGCUGGUUUUCCUGAUUUAUGAGUUUUCGGGCAUCAUCAUUGUCCUGUUCUAUCGAUUUCCUGGCACUCCACCAACCCUGCAGAAAUUCAUGGGGAUGUCCUUUGUCAUAUUUCCUCCAAGUCUGAACCCAGUUAUAUAUGGUGUAAAAACCAAGGAGAUUAGAGGUAAACUGACACAGACAUUCAUCAGCAGGAUUUUUAUCAUCAAAGAAGGCAGCUGCUCUACAACAAAACAGGUUAAGGUGAUUGCCAGAUUUACAGAUUCUUCAAAAGAAAUAAAAACAAUUAGUGAACUUGCUAAAAAGCCUUAA